AAAUCUGCUUCCUGAACCAAUCCACUCUUCCUCCUCACAAGCUCUUUCCCAAUUGCCAUCCUUUCUUCCAAGCUUUCAUCCCUCAAAGCUUCCCUGAGGAUAAACAUCAAACAGGGUUCGCGCUAAAUCAACCAUGUCUUUGGCGCCAGGUAGCUACCCAUCUCUAUACUGUCCGCCACCAUUGCCAACUAAGCAAACCCACCUCCUGUUUUCAUCAACCAAGCAUUCCUUAUCCAACAACUGCUCAUUUCUUAGAGGUUCGUUGAGUUUCUGCAACACCCGGUUGCUAAAGCAAUCAGCUUUGAUGGUUAAAGCAUCGGAGACAGAGACUCAGACAUCGAAACUGGAGAGUGGAAAUGAAGGAGAGGAAGGAGAAGAACAGUAUGAGGAGUAUGAGGUGGAGAUAGUGCAGCCUUAUGGGUUGAAAUUCAGAAAAGGCAGAGAUGGUGGAACUUACAUUGAUGCCAUCGCACCUGGUGGAUCAGCUGAUAAAGCUGGGUUGUUCACUGUUGGGGACAGAGUACUUGCCACCAGUGCAGUGUUUGGAACAGAAAUAUGGCCUGCUGCUGAGUAUGGGAGGACAAUGUACACAAUUCGCCAGAGAAUUGGUCCAUUGCUCAUGAAAAUGCAGAAAAGAUAUGGCAAAGUGGAUGAUUCAGGUGAAUUAACCGAGAAGGAAAUCAUCAGAGCGGAGAGAAACGCUGGCGUAAUUAGUAGCACAGUGAGGGAAAUUCAAAUGCGAAACUCCAUUAGGAAAAAAGAACAGAAAGAACGCAGGAUUAAGGAUCUUCGUGAAGGGUUGCAACUAUACAAGAGUGCCAAAUAUGAGGAAGCACUGGAGAAAUUCGAAUCCGUUUUGGGAUCGAGACCUGGGCCUGAAGAAGCUUCAGUAGCAAGUUACAAUGUUGCUUGCUGCUAUGCAAAGCUUAACCAGAUACAAGCUGGUAUCUCUGCCCUACAAGAUGCCCUGCAAAUGGGAUUUGAAGACUUUAAGAGAAUCAGGACAGAUCCUGACCUGGCCAACAUACGAACAUCAAAGGAAUUUGACCCUCUGUUGAAAAGGUUUGAUGAAUCAUUUAUCAAUGAGAAUGCCAUCAAUGCUGUCAAAUCUUUAUUUGGCAUAUUCAACAAGAAAUAAGGCCACUGACAUUUGGUUUAGAAGGUUCAAAGAGUCAUUUUAUUCUCUAGUAUAGUCUUUUCUUUUCCAUAGCUUCAAGACUACAGUGAGAUAAAUCUAAUACACUAAGCGUUUCUCUUUUAAUUUUGUUUUUCUAUCAUGCAUAGGUCAUGGGACUCGUUCAUGCUCAAGCUCACGAACAAAGUUGAGCUUGAGCUAGAUCUCAAGUUCAAUCACUUUGAACUCAAUCGUAU